AUGACACUCCUUAAAGGUGGUGUCGCCGCCUUUCGUAUCUUCAAUAAGAAAAAUGCAACUACUCAAAAGCUAAAAUUGAGGAUUGACACCACAGGUAUUCGUUGCUGGGGAGAAGCUCUGGUCAUCGUUAAUCCAGUAGAUUUGGAGGAGCUAGAAGCUCGUCUUCAUGAGCUAGCCGUCCUUUCUUCUAUGGCUGAUGCUGCUAGCAUCAUCGGUGGUUCUGUUCAUGCAAUCUCGCAGCACGAGCGAAAGAAAGUAGGCCAGUUGUUUUUGGAGUGCUAUCGCUGGAGUGAUAAGAACGAGGACCUUCAUCUGUUGAUUGACAAGAUUUUAAACUUGGAAAAGCUCAUCGAAAAUGGAUGA